GGUUGCGAUUCGUAAAGUUGUGCGCUCGCGCGUGUUUACUUUUUGUCCGCCGGUGUUUAAAAAUUAUCAACAAAGUACGAAACGAGUGGUAUUUUCCGUAUUUCUACUUAAUUAUUGGGAAAAUGAGUCGCAGAAAGAAAGCUAAGGUUGAAUAUAAGGAUCUUGAAGAGAAAUACGAUGCUGCAGGUGAUGAUGAGGCUUCCACACAAUUGGAAAAAAGUAAACCGUCGUCUGAGAAAAAGCUCUCUAUAGCCAGUUCGUCAAAAUCGUCGAAAAAAGAGGUGAAAAAAGACGAAGUUAAGAAAGAAGAGAAAAGAGAGCAAGAUCCGGAGUCGGAACUAGAUGAUCCUGUUGUCAGAGAACUUUUCUCGGGCUUGGAGGGGGCCGCCUUUCAAAGUAGAAUGCCCUUCGAUAAAAUUACCUCGAUCGAAGCCGCCUGCUUUCCCGAUAUUGCUCAAUCUUCCUUGGCCACAGUUAAGGUUUACUUGCACAUACGAAAUCGUAUUUUACAAAUGUGGCUUGAUAACCCAAAGCAACAGUUAUUAGUCGAUCAAUGCCUGGAAAAGACCGAGGCACCUUAUAAUAGCGACGCGCCACUGGUCCAUCGCAUACACACAUUUUUAGAGAGAAACGGUUUCAUUAACUUUGGAAUUUUUAAACGUACAAAGCCACUGCCCACCAAAAAGAGUGGGAAAGUUAUCGUAAUCGGUGCUGGGAUCGCCGGGUUGGCAGCAGCGAGACAGCUGCAGCAGUUUGGAAUGGAAGUUAUUGUCUUAGAAGCACGAGAUAGAGUUGGUGGUCGAAUUGCUACAUUUAGAAAAGGGAAUUACAUCGCCGAUUUGGGUGCUAUGGUCGUAACAGGAUUAGGAGGUAAUCCAGUGACAGUCUUAAGUAAACAAAUCGAUAUGGAGCUACAUCGUAUUAGACAAAAAUGUCCAUUAUACCAAUCGAGCGGUGUUACUGUUGACAAAGAUAAAGAUGAGAUGGUAGAGCGUGAGUUUAAUCGCUUACUAGAGGCCACUUCAUAUCUGUCUCACCAACUGGACUUCAAUUAUGCUGGAAACAAACCUGUAAGCCUCGGUCAAGCACUGGAAUGGGUAAUUAAAUUGCAGGAAAAGCAUGUGAAAGAGAAACAAAUUCAACAUCUAAAAUCAGUAAUUGCGCUACAGGAAAAAUUAAAAAGUACUCACAAAUUGCUUGUCGGUGUAAAAGAACAUAUGGAAGAGACUAACCUACGGCUUAAGGAAUUGGCAGGUACCCCAAAAAGAAACGUAGAGCUGGAAUUUGCGUAUCGAAGUUGCCUUCGUGAUUUAAACGCAUGCGCGAAGCAAUGGGAUCAGCUACAGGAGCAAGCCAAUGAGAUCGAAGAAAAGCUUAAGGAUUUAGAAAAUUCUCCACCAAGUGAUGUAUAUCUCUCAUCGAAAGACCGUCAAAUUUUGGACUGGCACUUCGCUAAUUUGGAAUUUGCAAACGCGACACCUCUUUCUAAUCUUUCGUUGAAACACUGGGAUCAAGAUGACGAUUUCGAAUUUACAGGAAAUCAUCUAACAGGUCUUUAUGAAUGGGAUAUACAGAGCUUCCAAACGCGAUACGCACUAUUUGCACUAUUUUUUAAGGUUUGAUUAUAUACUUACCAUAGUUCAAUGGUAAAGUGUA